AUGCUGCCAUCACGACCAACUGCACUCCCAAACUCAAAUCUAGCGACUCGCAUUCGCAACGGCACCACCAUCACACGCCUUUUAAAUUACACUGUCUUCACCCUCCUUUCUAUAAUCCUUUUGUGUCUGAUCCUCCUGACACCCGCUGAUGCGAUUUAUCAAUGCUACGUGACGCACCGCCUCACCAAUAUCUUCAUCAUAACAGGCGGGUACGUCGUGACAUUCUUGCUUGCGGUUCUGAUCUACGCGACGCGCAUCUACACGAAUCGUAGCGUAUUGGGAGGAAUCCCUAAAGCCUGGAUACCAGUUGAGAAGGAAGAUGUAAGCAAAAGUGUGCGCCGGCUUGUUGUUGAGGGGUUAGGGAGGAGCGCACUUAUUGCUAGGGGGGCAAGACCAAGGAAUCUAGGUCGGGGUAGCGGUGCAAAUGGGCCAAGAGAUGUGGAUGGGAACGGACAAGCUUUUGCGGACCCCGGUGCUGGUGACAACGAGGAAAAAGAAGGUUUACUUAGGGGAUUCGACUACGAUGUCGACCCCUCGAACCCGCCGUGGGGAGUCAUCGAACAUCCAGGAUGGUCAGCGCCGGAGUCAUCGUUAUCGGCGUCUGCACCGGAUCAGGGAACGUCAGACGGGGACGCGCAGACGCCUGAACCAAGCCUAUGCUACCGCACCGUCAUCCGCGAACUGCCCCAUCUCAUCGAAGCGAAAGCCGUUUCCCUUGCGCCUCCCGAUCCAGUCUUCACAGUCCAUCCUCAAUAUCAGACUCAAACAGGUGAAGGUGACGAAGCGACCCGCAUUCCAGACACUCGCAUCGUCGCUAUCCUCCGGCGCCCCGGCACAAUGUCCCUGCGCAGCUACAUCAACCACCUAAUUUCGCUCUCAAUCCUACACCCGCCAGAGAUAGGAUUGGAGUUUCUGGCCUUAUACGAGCGUGCUCGGUUCUCCGGAAAGGAGCUAUACGAAGACGAGUUCCGCGAGCUGAUGGGUGUUUUUGCGGAUGUCUUAAGGGGCAUGCGGUUUGACCAGGAGCAUCACCGGCUGUUACUGGACAUGAAUGACUACAACGAGGAUGGUGACUUGGGGCAUUGGAGGCGGAACACAAGCGUAUUUGAACACUCCCUCUUUGGCUCGAAAACUGAGUCGGUAAUUGGGCCGUCAGACGAAGAGGGCGAGACGACCGAGACGGACACACUUGGGUCUGUGAAUAUCAAUAUCGAUUCGCCCCGUCGGCGUCACCGUCGCCAGCGCCAGUCUCGCUCUGGCCCUCGUUCUCGUCCUGUUCAUGGGAAUGACCAUACGUACAACCAUACGGACGGGCAUCCGAACCUCGAGCCCGCUUCAAGACCACCUCCAGGUCAGAGUCGCAGUCGGAGUCAGAGUCUGGUUGACUUCAAAGCCGGCAAUUUAUCGGAAAAUGCAAUAUACUGGCCCCGCGCUGGCGCCAGAACUCCCUCAACGCAUUCGGCGCGUUCGCUGCACCCGGACCGGUCGUAUGGCUCGGGUUCGGGCGCGGACGCGGGAUCGGGAUUGAGUCUACGCUCGGCAUCCCGGUCCGGUUCUGCAUCCGGUAGUGCGAGUGUGAGUUUGAGUGGCGGGAGCGUGAUUCGGCUGGCUGAUGCGCGGACGGAAAGCGUUUCAGGCUUGCCGUAUGUUAUUGGAAGGUAG